UCGUCCGGUUCAGAGGCACUAGCACUAGCAGGUAGUAGCUCCUUGUUGCCAGGUAGCGGACACCAUGAGGCGCGCAGGGAGCCUUCUUCUCCUGCUGCUUCUGCUCUCCCUGUCUGCCUGCACCGCUGAAGCAAACAACAAGGAGGGCUUGGGCGACAACGCGGUAUCCUUGACGGGCCGGAGAUGGCACCUGAGAGGACGGAGGGCAAUGGCGGCCCGAGGGCAUGGGGAAGCGACAAGGGACGAGGCGGCGGGAGCCAAGAACACAGGUGCAAACCCUGCCCGUGCCAGCGGAGGGAAGAAAACCGUAGAGGUUACCGUUGUCGGGUCAGGCGGUGAAAGUGCCGGGCGAAGGAAUGGCGGCGGCGGCGGCGGCAGGCGCGAGUUUGACGGCCAAGUGCCGCUCAGUUCCGAUUACCGCACUCCCAGAGUUCAUCCACCAAAGAAUAACUGAGGCACGGCAUAAGGCAAAGGCUUCUUGGUUCUUGCCACUCAUUGAUCACUGCUAGUUGUUAGUAUGUUUUUUCUCCUGAAGUAGAGUUGUAGUGCAGUGCUCCUCAUCAGUUUAAUAAGCUACUCCCUCUGUAAACAAAUAUAAGAGCAUUUAGAUUACUAAAAUAAUGAUUAAACGCUCUUAUAUUAAUUUACAGAGGAAGUAGCUAGUAGUAUUCUUUGCUUGUGCUGUAGAGAUCCUUGUCAAAUCUUCCACUCCAUCACCCAAACAUGAACCUGUAACUAUUGUUUUGCAAAUGGGUGACGUAGAGAAGGGCAAUUAGUUGGUUGUACUGUGUUUUUGUAUGACAGCAAACCACUGGACCUGAAUGAUGGGCUGACCGUGCCAUUUCUGUUGUUGCAGGAGCAAAUCAAGAAGCAGGCCAUGCGUCUGCCGAAUUUGUACAUGACGAGGCAAGUGCAUCAGCCGCACGCUUUACGUGAUUUAGGCAUUCCCUUUAGCAUUACAGGCAUUGUUUGCGCGGCACAACACAUGGCUGGCCACAUCACAAAAUCACAAUUAAUUGACACACAACUUGGACUCCUACCAUGCAUGUACUGAUGUCUGCAGUUUCAUUUCCAGGGCAAACGGGGAUCAGCUGCUCGGCCCAUGCUUCAGGGAGCAAGCGGCCAUCGUCAUGGUGGCCACGGCGGCGACGCGGCGACCAUGGCGUCCGACAUGCUGAGGAUGGACUACUCCGUCUCCGUCUCCGUGGACGUCCACAGCCGGCAGCCCAUCAACAACGACGCUCCGUUGGAUGAGCUCGCGGACCAAAGGCCUUAGCUACCGGACUAGAGUGGACACAUGGGAAGAUGCGGACGGCUCACUCCUGCUGGCUAUAGAUACAGAUAGUGUUAGGCUAGCUAGUAGCCAUUAGCUAGCACUUGGUUAGCUUAUCAGCUAUGUACUGAUGAACGCUCCGGCCGGGCCGCACGUAGAGCCCAUUCCCGACCCUCGAUCCAAGGAGCAGAUCGAGGCGAGUUGGAUGGGCAGUUUUGGUUGCGCCGUGCUUGGAGUUGGAGAGGUAGUAGCGCCUGCAAUCUGUCAGCAACAACAUCUCUGAAUUAAGCUGCAGAGAAUAGAACCCAUGAAUGAUACUUCAGGUUUCAGCA